CGUUUUACGCCAGUUUCUUUAGUGAGCGCGGCAAACAAGGCCAUCGUCAAAAUCAAAACGUAUCCAAAAAAAACUCCGGGAGCGGAUACAGUUCAUCUUUUUGUCAGCUUCACUGUUAGAAACACAUGGCGUCAACAAGUAAAGGCCAGUUACAGAGCAGAAAUCUACCAUGGGUUGAAAAAUACAGACCUCAAACUCUUGAUGAUUUAAUUUCACACAAAGAUAUUCUGAGCACCAUCCAGAGGUUCAUCAGCGAGGACAAGCUUCCCCACCUGUUGUUCUAUGGCCCCCCUGGAACAGGAAAGACUUCAACAAUCCUCGCCUGUGCAAGGCAGCUCUACAAGGACAAAGAGUUUAACUCCAUGGUGUUGGAGCUAAACGCAUCAGAUGACAGAGGGAUCGACGUAGUCCGAGGUCCCAUUCUGAGUUUUGCCAGCACCAGGACUAUUUUCAAAAAAGGCUUCAAGUUGGUGAUACUGGAUGAGGCCGAUGCCAUGACCCAGGAUGCCCAGAAUGCACUGCGACGAGUCAUUGAGAAGUUCACAGAAAACACUCGAUUCUGCCUCAUCUGCAACUACCUGUCCAAGAUCAUCCCGGCCCUGCAGUCUCGCUGCACCAGGUUCCGCUUCGGCCCGCUGUCUCCGGACCAGAUGAUCCCUCGACUUGAGCACGUUAUCCAGCAGGAAACCAUUGAUGUCGAUUCAGAUGGAAUUAAGGCCAUUGUCACGUUAUCAUCAGGUGAUAUGAGAAGAUCACUUAACAUCCUGCAGAGCACCAGUAUGGCGUAUGGGAAGGUUACAGAACACACGGUGUAUACCUGCACAGGCCACCCCCUCCGCUCAGACAUAGCCAACAUCCUCGAUUGGUGCCUCAACAAAGACUUCACUUCAGCUUACAAACAAAUUCUAGAGCUUAAGACUUUGAAGGGUCUGGCUCUGCACGAUAUUCUCUCUGAGGUGCAUCUGCUCAUCCACAGAGUGGACUUUCCUCCAGUUAUUCGGAUGGGCCUGCUUGUCAAGUUAGCUGAUAUAGAACAUCGGCUGGCGGCAGGAACCAAUGAAAAGAUCCAGCUGAGCUCUAUGGUUGCAGCUUUCCAGGCAGUAAGAGACAUGGUGGUCAGUGAAGUCUCAUAAGAGUUCAUUUAGAGGAAAAUUGUUUUCAUCAUAGCUCUGUAAUGCAAAACUGGCAGACCCCUAGUUAAAUAUUUUCUUCCUGACUUUGAACUGCAAAUCUGCAACCUACUGACUUUCGUUGUUUAAAAUAACUAAAACCUUUUAUUUGACGAAGCCAUCGUUGUGAGAAACUAUGCAACAGAGCUUUUCUGUUAUGACCUCUCCUUUAACAGGAGAAUCACUUGCAGGAAUAAAACUAAUCUUUUAAGGCCUCUUUUGCAUGAUUACCCACCACCUCCACUUCAGCGCAGAACCGCACGUCGACCAAAUGCCAGCAGCUAUCUGAGUCACUCAUAUCUGCAUACAAACUGAGGCGUGAGGCUUUAAUUUGUAGCUUUAGCAUCAUGAUCGAAAGCUGGUUUGUAUUACCAAUUAAUUCAUCAUUGUGUGAGAAAAAAAAAAUCUUGGACAUGUAAAUGUUUAUUUUGUUCAGCUUUUUAAUAAAACUUUGCUCUUUAA